AUGGCGGUUAAGAGCUUCCAGGCAGCAGGGGUACCAUGCAGCUUCUGGCCGCCUCCAGGGCUCUGCAUCACCCUGUGCCUGUGGGGCACCGUGGCCCAGAAUCAUGGCAUGCAAGGUACCACUGAGGACUGCAACAGCCAUGUGCUAUGCCCAGCAAACGCCAAGUGUGUGAACAACACCCACUGCACCUGCCUGGAUGGAUAUGGGCCAAAAGAGAAUCACCCCGUCUUCUUCACCGACCCAACGGAGUUCUGUGACGAUAUUAACGAGUGUCUGGGGCCGAGCAAGCCAGACUGUGGACGCAACGCAAACUGCAACAACGUGGCUGGGAGUUACUACUGCGCCUGCAUCGAUGGCUACGAGCCCAACUCUGGGAAAGCCAACUUCACGCACGCGAGUGAGAACACCUGCCAGGAUAUUGACGAGUGUCAGGGCCUGAGCCCAGCAGACUGCGGACCCCACGCAAACUGCACCAAUUUGCCUGGGAAUUACUCCUGCACCUGCAUCGAUGGCUACGAGUCCAGCUCUGGGAAAGCCAACUUCACGCACGCGAGUGAGAACACCUGCCAGGAUAUUGAUGAGUGUCAGGGCCCGAGCCCGGCAGACUGCGGACCCCACGCAAACUGCACCAACGUGGCUGGGAGUUACUACUGCACCUGCAUCAAUGGCUACGAGCCCAGCUCUGGGAAAGCCAACUUCACCCACGCGAGUGAGAACACCUGCCAGGACAUCGACGAGUGCAAGAAGACCCAAGGUAUCUGCGGCCCCAACGCCACGUGUAUCAACACCUACGGAAGCUACUGGUGUGAGUGCCGGGCCGGCUACGUCCCCUCCAACGGGAACACGACCCUGUGCGAAGAGCUCACCUGCCCCCCCCUGCUGGAUGAUGACAACUCUGCCGGAGCCAAGAACCUCCUGGGCAGCUUCCAGGCCCAGGUGGGACGUCUCUGCAAGGCGGCGCUGGAGGAGCUGAAGCAGAUGAACUCUCAGAACGCCGAAGAGAAGCUUCAGGGCUUCUUGGACAUUCUGGAGAAGCAGAUAAAUCUGGUCGGGCAGCAGAGCGAGAGCGUGGAGCGGAGACACCGGAUCGCGACGGAGCUGAUGGCCAUAGUGGAGAAGCUGCUGAGAACGCUGGCCCUGACCCUGCCUGACAGCAUGAUCAGCAUCGCAUCCACCAACGGCACAGAGCUGGGGCUGGCGGUCAGGCAGGCUGGGAACCAGAGCCAGGAGACCGUGACGCUGCAGCAGAGCAAGACGCAGAUGGAAUUAAAGUGGGCCGGAGCCCCAGGGCAGAAAGAAGGCUUCACGCUGGCCGGGCUGCUGACAUACCAGGGGAUGAGCCCCAUCCUGGACGGUGCUGGGCGGGUGGAGGCGCCCGAGUGGGACAGGAUCGGCCAGAAGGGGAAGUGGGCGCAGAAGCCGGGGCGGCCCAGCUACCGUGUGCUGUCUCCAGUGGUGUCGGCCUUCAUCAGUGACCCGAACCCCCAGGCACUCGGCCUCUCCGUCAGCAUCCGCUUCAGCCACCCGGUGCCGGAGUCCAAGACUGACCUGCUCCUCCUCUGCGCCUACUGGGAGCCUGACAGCAGGCGCUGGGCCACCCACGGCUGCACCCUGCAGAAGUUGAACGCCACCAGCACCCGCUGCCAGUGCAACCACCUGACCAGCUUCGCCGUGCUCAUGGCCUUCUACGAGCUGGAGGACUGGACCCUGGACGUCAUCACCAAGGUGGGGCUGGUGAUCUCGCUGCUGUGCCUGCUGCUGUCCAUCGUCACCUUCCUCUUCUGCCGCGCCCUCAAGGGCCCCCGCACCACCAUCCACCUGCACCUCUGCCUGGCGCUCUUCAUCGCCUACACCGUCUUCCUCACCGGCACCUCCAGCACCAGCAACAGGGUGGUGUGCGGCGUGGUGGCCGGGCUCCUGCACUAUUUCUUCCUGGCCGCCUUCUGCUGGAUGUGCCUGGAGGGCGCCGAGCUCUACCUGCUGGUGGUUCAGGUCUUCACUCCCCACGGCCUCAGGCGCCGCUACAUGUUCCUGCUGGGCUACGGCGUGCCGGCCCUCAUCGUGGGCGUCUCGGCCGCCACCUACAGCGAGGGCUACGGCACGGCGCGCUACUGCUGGCUCUCGCUGGAGAAGCAAUUCAUUUGGAGCUUCCUGGCGCCCGUCUGCAUCAUCAUCGCGGUCAACGCCGUGAUCUUCGUGGUCACCGUCUGGAAGCUGUCGCUGAAAUUCGCUGACAUCAACCCUGACAUGAGCCAGCUGAAGAAGUUCAGGGUGCUCACCAUCACGGCCAUCGCCCAGCUCUGCGUCCUGGGCACCACCUGGAUCUUCGGCCUGUUCCAGUUCAACCAGCGCAGCCUGGUCGUCUCCUACAUCUUCACCGUCCUCAACAGCCUGCAGGGGCUCUUCAUCUUCCUGCUGCACUGUCUGCUCCAGAAACAGGUGAGGGACGAGUACCGCAGGUGGCUGAGCUGCGGCGGCCUCAAGAGACCGGCCAAGUACUCCGAGUUCUCCAGCUCGACCGCCACGCGGGGGCUCCAGCCGUCGCAGGAGUCAGGGUUGUAGCUCUCUUGCGCUCAGCCCAUUUCCGGACACCGCAGCUUUGCACAUGAGAAAA